UCGUCCCGAGUCGCCCGUCGGUACAGUCGGUAACGUGGUAACGGUUCCCUGUAAAUUGUUGUCAAACCCUUUGUAAAAUCGUUGUUUCCGUCAAUUUUCGUGCAAUUUUCUGUCAUCGUUAAAGUGCGUGACGCUCCAAAAUCCUCCUCUUCAAAAACUCAUCGAUUUUGUAAAAUUUUUUAGUGUAUAGGUUCGUUUGUGUGACGUCCACAAGAGGGUGCACCGCAUCGUGACGUCACGCACAAGCGAUCAGUCAGAGCAAUAUGUCGGCGUGUUGGUGGAGCAAGUGAUAGUUAUUGUGUGGAAAAAUAAAAUAAAAGGGGCAUCCAAAUUUGUGAGACGACACGCGAAAAGACUCGAUUGAAAUUAGCACGAUGGCGUCGCAUUGCAUCGGCAAAUCGGAGUUUAUAGUUGGUGGCAAGUAUCGGUUAAUUCGGAAAAUCGGCAGUGGCUCCUUCGGGGACAUCUACUUGGGCAUCAACAUCACGAACGGAGAGGAAGUGGCAGUAAAACUCGAAUCAAUUAGAGCAAGACAUCCCCAACUCCUCUACGAAAGUAAAUUGUACAAAAUUCUACAUGGUGGCAUAGGAAUCCCACAUAUCAGAUAUUACGGCCAAGAAAAAGAACACAACGUUCUAGUGAUGGACCUUCUUGGUCCGUCACUAGAAGACCUGUUCAAUUUUUGUUCACGUCGUUUUACGAUCAAAACCGUUCUGAUGUUGGCCGACCAGAUGAUCGGCCGUAUCGAAUACGUCCAUUGCAAGUCUUUCAUUCAUCGCGACAUAAAACCGGACAACUUCCUGAUGGGCAUUGGUCGUCAUUGCAACAAACUCUUCCUAAUCGACUUUGGUUUAGCGAAGAAGUUUAGAGAUGCACGCACUAGGAUGCACAUCGGAUAUCGCGAAGAUAAAAACUUGACGGGGACGGCACGAUAUGCUUCGAUCAACGCCCAUCUUGGUAUAGAACAGUCGCGACGUGAUGAUAUGGAAUCGCUAGGCUACGUGCUGAUGUACUUCAACAGAGGAUGCUUGCCGUGGCAGGGACUCAAAGCGGCGACCAAGAAGCAAAAGUACGAAAAGAUCAGCGAGAAGAAGAUGUCCACGCCGGUUGAGGUUCUCUGCAAGGGAUUUCCGGCGGAGUUUUCGAUGUACCUCAAUUACUGUCGCGGCCUCCGUUUCGAAGAGGCCCCCGAUUACAUGUACCUAAGACAGCUGUUCCGGAUUCUGUUUCGCACAUUGAAUCACCAAUACGAUUACACGUUCGACUGGACCAUGCUGAAACAGAAGGCGGCAGCUACAGGAGGGACAGUGGCCGAAACGUCGGCUCAACCACAGACAUCGCGAGUUGUAAUAUCUCAACAAACAGCGAACCGUGACAAAAAAGAUGACGAAAAGAACAAGCAAAAUUCUGCUAAAGGUCAGCCAGUUGUCACGAAGCUUCUAUAAAGGAUCAACGCUGUAUUUAAAAAACACUGCAACCGUUAACACGCCCCACAUACACCACCACCGACUGGGUCUAACCGACUUCGCAUAUAGUUGGUCAAAGCAAAAAAUAAAAAUUAUAAUAAAACAAAAAUUAAGAGGUUGUCUUGAUGGACGCUGACAAUUUUAUAUAAAAAAAAUAAUUAAAACAUUAUUGUAAGUGAGCAUACACGAAUUAAUUUUUUCUUUACCCGCCGUUAAUGGGAAAUUGUAUAAAAAGAUAUAAAAAAACAAAAAAUUUAAAGGGCGAGGCCGCUCACAAAUAGGCCACGUCUCCUCGAGUAUGAUAGUGGAUUAGUGAUGCGUGGGAGUGAAUGCAAGUCUGGCUGUAUUAUUUAAUAUGUUAAGAAAUAGAUUGUAAAAAUAAUGGAAACAAAAGUGAGUACCGUAAACGUCACUAAGGAUUUGAAAAAAACUAUACGGAACUCUUGUCGAGCCUACGACGUUCAGGCGCUGCACGGUAAAACGUCGUUAAAUGUGAUCAUUGAUUUGUUAGAUUCUUUCAUUAUUUGAUCCUCGUUUUACAGUGCGGCUUGUACAUUUUAUAAUAAUGGUGUUAAUGUAUUUUACUUUUGUUUAUUUAUCGUAAUGGGUAUAAGAACUGAUCGGUGCGGUUGUUCCGCGCCUUCUAGUUGUUUAAAAUCAAAGUUGCUUUAGUUAAGUAACCCCCGGCAAAAUUUUUGACACGAGUAAAUCAGAUCGAUGCACAUUCAGAAAUUCUGUUACAAACAUCAGAGUGUAGUGUUUUAAACUAUACUCUAUUUUUAUCGCAGGCUGUGUAAGAUUUACUUUGGUCUAAUCUGUUGUUUGAGGUUAUUUUUCUCUUUCAAAAGAUGUAUAGUUUGGAUUCAGAAUGAAGGUUUCUUUCUAUUUAACUAUACGUCUUUUCUAUGUAGCUGCGUCUUAAGCAACUGCCAUGAACUUAAUUGUCGAUUUUUUUCCAUUGUAAUAAUGUAAUAUCAGUGUGUGAAAAAUGCUCUAUUAUUGCAAACAAAUUACGAAACAAGUUAAUUGUUAAAUACAAUUGUAUAAUAUGGUUUUGUCUUCAUUUAUAAUUAACUAAAUACGCUAUAGUUUUUACAAUAGUUUUUUUUUUUGAAGGGUAUCUGAGACAAACCCUUAUUUUUAAGUUAAUAACCACGUUGGAUAUUUAUGUAAAAGUAACUCUCACAAUGAGGUAAGAUUAAAGAUUGAAAUUGUA